AUGCAACCUGAUCCUCAGUCAGUCACUUCUGGACUGCUCCAGACAGCAACAACAUAUCUGAAGGUCUUCUCCGCACUCGACCCAUCAGUUAUUGCCCACAUUCAAUCCGAUACCUACACCCACGACUUCGGUCCUGCUUCUACAAAUUUACCGUCCCCUCUCAGCCGCAAAGAAUUCAACGCCCAUGUCUCGCAAAUCCGCGAGGUCAUGCACAGCUUCCCAGUCAUCCCGAAAAAAAUGUGGGCAAAUCCGUCCCUACAUCAAGUCGUCGUAUGGGCAACGGCUAUUCCUGAAUUUCAUGAGCAUGUCAAAGACGGUGACGACGAUAAGAAAUGCGACGAGUGGUUUUACCAAGGCGAAUAUAUAUACGUGCUGACUAUGGAUCCUACUGGUGAGAAGGUCGAAAAUGUCCUCGAAUUUGUUGAUAGUAAAGGUACGGAGCAUAUUAAAAGUCUCAUGGCGCGGGCGUGGAAGAACAAAGGAAAUGUAGAUGCGGCGGGUCAUGGUAAGGCUGAGCGGAUGCUAUUUAUGCAGAGUAUGCAAAAGAAUUGA